GUGAGAAAGCAAAUGAGGUGAAUAACGGCAGCAGGGAGAGCAGUAGGAGAGCGGCUCAUUCAGCUGAGCGUUAGGAGAGACACGUUACUAAUGUUAUUUUAAACGGGUUUUUAUUGGUAAGAGUGUGUUUCCUUUACAGCCACGCAGAGGGAACGAUUGGAGUAUGAAGAUGAAACAUGAAGGAUUUCAGAUGGCAACAGAUCCCUGCACUCCAAGCAGCAACCUCUGCACAGAAUGACAGCAGGCCUUUUAGGUAAAAGUUCCGGGAGGUGGCGGAGAGGAUGGUGUGCCUCAGCGACAAAGAGGUUUUCAUCUAAUCAUGCACUGAAGGCUCUGGUUCCCACCCUCUGCCUGGUGGUGGUGGUGAUAUAUGGCUUGGCUGACAAACUCAGAAACUUUGUGGCCGGCAUCUUCAUCCCUCAGUAUCACUACCCGUAUGCAGUGGCUCUCUGCUUUGCCCAGGUUCUGGUUACUCUCUUAGUCUUAAAUCUCCUCCACAUCCUGGACCUGGUGCCUCUGAAGCCCUACUCCAGGUCCCUUGGUGAGAGGGUGCUGGUGCCUGCUAUCUGUAACGGCGUCCAUGCUGUGCUGGGCAUGUGGGCCAAGGCCAGAAGCUCGUACGUCGGCUUCUACCACCUUUCCCUGCCUCUGCUGCCAAUAGUAACUGUGGGCUUUGGUUUCUCCCUGAAGCUGGCCCCGCCACCAUCUACCCACAUCUCUGUUCUGAUUUCCAUCAUGAGUGGGACAUCUUUUGUCAUCACAGCCUCCCAAGGGUUGGCAGAUAUCGAGCCUCUGGAGUACGUGUAUGCACCUCUGGCUCUAAUCCUCCACAGUCUUUCUUUGACUUGGCUGGCUAAAGUGUCUGAGGCAGAGCGCCAAAACACCCCUGAUGCCCAAGCCUCCAUUUUUGACAUCUACUACAACCAGCUGGUCAACCAGUGCUGGGUGCUGGGCCUCCUGUGGAUGCUGCACCCGGACAGUCCCUGGCAGGUGUUGAGUCAGGGCAGCUGGCACAACCUGCUCUUCCACGGCUACCUGUUCGCUAUUCUCCUGCUGGGGAUGCUACUGAACUUCCUGGUCGGUAUAUCUGCUCUGUCUGUCUCACCUCUUGCUGCUGCACUGCUAUACUCUGCAAGGCAGAUGGUACAGCCGUUCCUCCAGAUUUUGUAGUUUCGAAAGGACUGAGAAAAAUGAUUGACUGUUGUGCUGUGUCAACGUGACAUGCACACCGACAGGCUGAUUAAAUUACACAGCCAAUCCACACCACUGACCACAGUGUCACUUUAUUCUGUGGGGAAUAACAGGUAAUCCGUCUUUCUUCUGUUCACAGUAACAUGACCUGUGCUACUGAGGCACUUGGUCAUAUUGCAAACAUAAAACAUUUUCACUUGGGUCCAAAUGUCUAAACAAAAAACAUUUUUUAUUGUAGUCUUUUUUUUGUAAAUAUAAAGCUUUACUGAGUUGACAGUGUAUUUAUUCAAGAUUACAUCAUUUGGAAAUCACUUUCAGAUUGCUCACAUUGUUGUUGCAUGCAUACUAUCUGUACAGUGGCCCUGAGAACCAUUUCUGUAUUUGGUUGUGUUUUCUUACUUGCACUGUUUUGUUCUAAAUGUGGCGCAUGUGUUGUCAAAUUGGGGAAAAUGUUUUCUUCAUUUGCUUGUGUUUUGUCUAUUUGCAUGUAUUAAGUUGCAGUGCUUUGAACUCUUAGGGUCAACAUACCCUUAAUACAUCUUACCUCUUUCUGCAAU